GCCAUCAUUCCUGCUGGGGUGGCACCAGCAAACCCCACAGGGUAGCGCCACCUCCCUCGCCAAACGGGCGGGGAAAAACCGUGAAGAGAAGUCACAAAAAGGGAAAGGGGAGGGCUGGGCCCCUGAGGGAAGGAGGCGUUCCCGCGCUGCCCGUCCCUCCCUCAGCCCGGCCGCCAUUUCGGGAGCGCUGCGCGGGAGCACGGCGCCCCCUGGCGGCCCCUCGGCCCGGCCCGGCCGCCAUGAAAUCCGUGUUCGUCACCGUGGGCACCACCAGCUUCGACGAGCUGAUCGCCACCGCCCGCUCCCCGCCCGCGCUGCAGGCGCUGCACAGCCGCGGCUACCACAGGCUGGUGCUGCAGGUGGGCCGGGGAUCGCUGCCGCAGCCCAGCAGCAGCUCGGCCGUGGCGGUGGAAGUGUUCCGCUUCAAGGAUUCCCUGGCUGAGGAGCUGCAGAGCGCUGACCUGGUCAUCAGCCACGCAGGUGCUGGUAGCUGCCUGGAGACUCUAGAGAAAGGAAAACCAUUAAUAGUAGUAAUAAAUGACAAGCUGAUGGACAACCAUCAGCUGGAACUUGCCAAACAGCUCCACAGAGAUGGUUAUGUCCUUUACUGUAACUGCAGCACUCUUGUGGAGACACUGCAGUCGAUGGACUUGUCAGCUUUGAAACCUUUUCCUCCUGGACAGCCAGAAAAGUUUGCUUCAUUCUUGGAUAAAGUUCUUGGGUUGCAAUAAACAAAACAGAGAAAUAAAACGUUGUAAUAAAAUAUCUCAUCUCCUACACUUAA